UGUAAAGGUUCUUCAAGGAAGUUUGCACAAGCAUCUGGACUUCUGCUUGUGGCUGUUGAACAGACUUUAAUCAAUGUUCUAGGAAUGGUAAAACUCAAGCAUGGAUUUUUUUAAAAAAAUUGUGCCUUCUGUCCUGUCAGGAGACGUAGUUUUAGAUGUUGGAAGUACAGUCUGUGAAAACUCUCCGAAACUGUUGAAAAUGAGGCGCGUCAGUUUGUUUUCGUUAGGACAGACUAUAGAUGAAGAUGGCAUUCAUUUUCUGCAUCCCAAUUACACAUCAGCACCAGCCAGAAGCAUUGCUAAGCACAGAAUUUCUCCCACCAUCAAUUCUACCUGGGAAAAGAGAAGCGUCAUCAUGUCUAAUAUUACCAUUGAUCCAGAUGUCAAACCUGGUGAAUAUGUCAUCAAGAGCCUCUUUGCUGAGUUUGCUAUUCAAGCUGAAAAGAAAAUUGAAGUUGUAAUGGCUGAACCUUUGGAAAAACCCUUGUCUAGAUCUCUUCAGAGAGGUGAAGAUCUUCAAUUUGAUCAGUUGAUAAGCUCUAUGAGCUCAGUAGCAGAGCACUGUCUCCCCUCCUUAUUACGCACCUUGUUUGACUGGUACAAACGCCAAAAUGGAACUGAAGAUGAAUCUUAUGAAUACAGGCCUCGUUCCAGCACAAAGUCUAAGGGGGAUGAGCAGCAGCGUGAGAGGGAUUAUCUACUUGAACGGAGGGACUUAGCUGUAGAUUUUAUUUUUUGCUUAGUUUUAGUAGAAGUUCUAAAACAGAUACCUGUUCAUCCAGUGCCUGACCCUUUAGUUCAUGAAGUUCUAAAUUUGGCUUUUAAGCACUUUAAACACAAGGAAGGGUAUUCAGGAACCAACACUGGAAAUGUCCAUAUCAUUGCAGAUUUAUAUGCAGAAGUGAUCGGGGUUCUUGCCCAAUCAAAGUUUCAAGCUGUUAGAAAAAAAUUUGUCACAGAAUUAAAGGAACUGAGACAAAAGGAACAAAGUCCUCAUGUGGUACAAAGUAUCAUCAGCUUAAUUAUGGGGAUGAAGUUUUUCAGAGUAAAAAUGUAUCCUGUAGAAGAUUUUGAAGCAUCAUUUCAGUUCAUGCAGGAAUGUGCACAAUAUUUUUUGGAGGUAAAAGAUAAAGACAUAAAGCACUCGCUUGCUGGUUUGUUUGUAGAAAUUCUCAUCCCUGUUGCUGCUGCUGUUAAAAAUGAAGUGAAUGUGCCAUGCCUGAAAAAUUUUGUGGAGAUGCUCUAUCAGACAACCUUUGAGCUGAGCUCAAGAAAGAAGCAUUCAUUGGCUUUGUAUCCAUUGAUCACCUGUUUGUUGUGUGUCAGUCAGAAGCAAUUUUUUUUAAAUAACUGGCAUAUCUUCCUACAGAACUGUCUGUCUCAUUUGAAGAUACCAUCUAACAACAGUAUCAGAAAACAAAUAGAAACACUUCAGAAUAAAGAUCCGAAAAUGUCUCGAGUUGCACUGGAAUCACUAUAUAGAUUAUUAUGGGUUUAUGUUAUUAGAAUAAAAUGUGAAAGCAACACUGUAACACAGAGCCGUCUGAUGAGCAUAGUAUCUGCACUUUUCCCAAAAGGUUCUCGCAGUGUGGUCCCUCGAGACACACCUCUGAACAUAUUUGUAAAAAUUAUUCAGUUCAUUGCUCAGGAACGUUUGGAUUUUGCAAUGAAAGAAAUAAUUUUUGAUCUUCUCAGUGUGGGAAAAUCACCUAAAACCUUCACUAUUAAUCCAGAGAGAAUGAAUAUAGGUCUCAGAGUCUUCCUUGUGAUAGCAGACAGUUUACAACAGAAGGAUGGUGAGCCACCUAUGCCAACUACAGGUGUUGUACUUCCGUCAGGAAACACUCUCCGUGUAAAGAAAAUUUUUCUUAAUAAAACUCUGACUGAUGAAGAAGCAAAAGUUAUAGGAAUGUCAAUAUACUAUCCUCAAGUACGGAAAGCGCUAGAUAGCAUACUUAGGCAUCUAGACAAAGAAGUUGGGAGGCCAAUGUGCAUGACUAGUGUGCAGAUGACCAAUAAAGAACCUGAAGAUAUGAUCACGGGUGAGAGAAAACCAAAAAUUGAUUUGUUUAGAACCUGUAUUGCUGCUAUCCCAAGACUGAUUCCAGAUGGCAUGAGCAGAAAUGACCUUAUUGAACUGCUUGCAAGGCUGACAAUUCACAUGGAUGAAGAACUGCGUGCACUGGCUUUCAAUACUUUGCAAGCAUUAAUGCUGGAUUUUCCAGAUUGGCGGGAAGAUGUUUUGUCAGGAUUUGUUUAUUUUAUUGUCCGUGAAGUCACUGAUGUUCAUCCUACUCUUCUUGACAAUGCAGUUAAGAUGCUGGUGCAACUAAUUAGUCAGUGGAAACAAGCAGUCCAAAUACAAAACAAGAACCAAGAAACUCAGCGUGGCAUAGCCAAUGGAACUGCUCCGACCCUCUCCCUGGAAAAGACCCCUUAUUCAAGUGUGUUCCAUGUGGUUGAAGGCUUUGCAUUGGUUAUCCUUUGUAGCACAAGAUCUGCCACUAGAAGACUAGCUGUCAGUUGUCUUAAAGAAAUAAGAGCUUUGUUCACUGUUUUAGACAUGACUAAGGGUGAUGAUGAGUUGGCCAUAGAUGUAAUGGACAGAUUGAGUUCAUCAAUUCUUGAAAGUUUCAUACAUCUCACUGGUGCUGAUCAGACUAUGUUAUUGUACUGUCCCAGUUCAAUAGAUUUACAAACAUUAAUUGACUGGAGCUCUUCUCCUAUCAGCCACCAAUUUGAUGUCAUCAGUCCAUCACAUAUAUGGAUAUUUGCACAUGUGUCUCAGGGUCAGGACCCCUGGAUUAUUAGCCUUUCCAGUUUGAUGAAACAGGAGAAUCUUCCAAAGCACUGUCCCACUGCAGUGAGCUAUGCUUGGAUGUUUGCCUAUACCAGACUCCAACUGUUGUCUCCACAGGUUGACAUAAACAGCCCUGUCAAUGCCAAGAAAGUAAAUACCGCCAUCAGCAGUGAUUCCUAUAUUGGGCUCUGGAGAAACUACCUGAUCCUUUGUUGUAGUGCCGCAAUGUCUGCACCAUCUUCUGCCUCUGCAGGUUCUGUCAGAUGUUCACCUCCUGAGACACUGGCGUCUACUCCAGAUAGUGGCUAUGGCAUUGACUCAAAAAUAAUUGGUGUACCAUCCCCUUCAUCCUUGUUUAAGCACAUUGUUCCAAUGAUGCGCUCUGAGAGCAUGGAAAUUACAGAAUCUCUUGUGCUGGGCCUUGGCAGAACUAGCCCAGGGGCUUUUAGGGAAUUAAUAGAAGAGUUGCAUCCUAUAAUUAAAGAAGCACUUGAAAGAAGGCCAGAGAAUAUGAAACGACGCAGGCGUCGAGAUAUAUUACGUGUACAGCUUGUACGAAUAUUUGAACUGCUGGCAGAUGCUGGUGUCAUUAGUCACAGUGCAAGCGGUGGCCUUGACAAUGAAACCCGUUCCCUAAACAAUACUUUACUGGAGUAUGUGGAUCUUACCAGACAACUGCUAGAAGCAGAAAACGAAAAGGACUCUGACACACUGAAAGAUAUCCGUUGCCAUUUUAGUGCCUUAGUGGCAAAUAUUAUUCAGAACGUUCCAGUGCAUCAGAGAAGAAGCGUCUUUCCACAGCAGAGCCUCCGUCACAGUCUGUUUAUGUUGUUCAGUCACUGGGCAGGACCUUUCAGCAUCAUGUUUACUCCUUUGGACAGAUACAGUGACAGAAAUAUGCAAAUAAACAGACAUCAGUACUGUGCAUUAAAGGCAAUGUCUGCAGUACUUUGUUGUGGCCCGGUUGCAGAUAACGUAGGGCUCUCACCAGAUGGCUAUCUAUACAAGUGGCUUGAUAAUAUUUUGGAUUCCCAGGAUAAGAAGGUGCAUCAGCUUGGCUGUGAAGCCGUUAUGUUGCUUUUGGAGCUCAACCCUGACCAGAGUAACCUCAUGUAUUGGGCCGUAGAUCGUUGCUAUACCGGCUCUAAGCGUGUAGCAGCUGGAUGUUUUAAAGCCAUAGCCAGUGUAUUCCAAAACAGGGAUUACCAGUGUGAUACUGUUACUCUUCUCAAUCUUAUAUUAUUUAAAGCAGCUGAUUCUUCUAGAGCUAUCUAUGAAGUUGCUAUGCAGCUCUUGCAGAUCCUAGAGCCCAAGAUGUUUCGCUACGCUCAUAAACUGGAGGUUCAGAGAACUGAUGGAAUAUUGAGUCAGCCUUCACCUUUGCCACAUUUAUAUUCUGUGUCCUAUUAUCAACUCUCAGAAGAAUUAGCAAGAACAUACCCAGAAUUAACUCUUGCAAUAUUUUCAGAGGUAAGCCAGAGAAUUCAAACAGCACAUCCUUCUGGAAGGCAGGUGAUGCUUCACUAUUUGCUGCCAUGGAUGAAUAAUAUUGAAUUAAUGGAUGUGAAACCAUUACCCACAAUUCGACGGCAAGAUGAAGAUGAAGAGGAUCUCCUGAAAGACAGAGAAUUGAUGGUGAACAGCAGGCGCUGGCUGAGAGGCGAAGGUUGGGGAUCACCCCAGGCGACUGUUCUGGUUUUAAACAACCUAAUGUAUAUGACAGCAAAGUAUGGUGAUGAAGUGGCUUGGUCAGAGAUUGAAAACGUUUGGAUUACUCUAGCAGACAGUUGGCCAAAGAAUCUGAAAAUAAUCCUGCAUUUUUUAAUCAGCAUUUGUGGAGUAAAUAGUGAACCCAGCCUUUUGCCUUAUGUGAAGAAGGUAAUUGUUUACUUGGGUAGAGAUAAAACCAUGCAGCUUUUGGAAGAGCUGGUGAGCGAACUGCAGCUUACCGAUCCAGUUAGUUCUGGAGUGACCCAUAUGGAUAAUCCACCAUAUUACCGUAUCACUUCUAGUUACAAAAUCCCUUCUGUCACCUCAGGAACUACUUCCAGUAGCAAUACAAUGGUGGCACCCACAGAUGGUAAUCACAACAAUAAGCUUACAAAAGAUAGUAUUGAUGAAAGCUACAUCCAUCUAGAUAUCUACAGUGGACUGAACAGUAAUCUGAAUCGCCAGCAUCACAGGCUAGAGUCUCGGUAUAGCAGCAGUUCAGGAGGCUCAUAUGAAGAAGAAAAAAGUGAGUCAAUGCCAUUGUAUUCAAGCUGGCGACUUAAAGUGAUGGAACACAAUGAAGGAGAGCCAUUACCUUUUCCACCUUCAGGGGGUUGUUGGUCGCCAUUGGUGGAUUAUUUGCCUGAGACAUCAUCUCCAGGCAUGUCUCUUCAUAGGUGUAACAUAGCUGUGAUUCUGUUGACUGACCUAAUAAUUGACCACAGUGUAAAGGUAGACUGGGGACACUACUUGCAUCUCUUGCUUCAUGCCAUUUUUAUAGGGCUUGAUCAUCACCAUCCGGAAGUAUAUGAACACUGUAAACGCCUCCUGUUGCAUUUAUUGAUAGUGAUGGGCUCUAACAGUAGCGUCCAGUCUGUGGCUUCUAUCCUUCUCAGGAACAGGGAGUUUAAUGAACCCCGGGUGCUCACUGUCAAACAAAUAGCACACUUGGACUGCAUCUUCACAGGUGUUAAUGAUUUUAUACCAGAUCACCAGCCCUCUCCAAUGACAGACUCAGGACUUAGUUCAAGUUCUACCUCUUCUAGCAUCAGUUUAGGAAAUACCAGCGCUGCCAUUUCUCAGAUGCAAAGCACCAUCCUCAAUGAAGUUGACAUUUCAGGAGAACAAGAUGAAAAAAUGAAGUCACUUAUGGAGUUCAUUACUUCAAGAAAACGAGGACCACUUUGGAAUCAUGAAGAUGUUUCAGCAAAGAAUUCAACCAUAAAGAGUGCAGAGCUGUUAACUGUAUUUCUAAAGCGUGUUGUUUCUGUAUUCAAACAGUCAAGUUCAGUUGGAUUUCAACUUGAGCAGCAUCUCAGUGAAGUUGCUCUGCAGACUGCACUUUCAUGCUCUUCUCGACACUAUGCUGGAAGAUCUUUUCAGAUUUUCAGAGCACUCAAACAACCUCUUUCAGCAGACACACUUUCUGAUAUUCUGUCCAGGCUUGUAGAAACUGUUGGAGAUGCAGGAGAAGAAGCUCAGGGUUUUGUCAUAGAAUUACUUCUUACAUUGGAGUCAGCUGUUGAUACGUUGGCAGACACCGUGAAGCAUUAUGAUCUUCUCACUGCACUUUCCCAUGCUUCCUAUUGUGAUCCAUUACUGGGGAACAAAUAUGCAGCAAACAGAAAAAGCACCGGUCAGAUAAACCUAAGCACAAGCCGCAUUAGCUGUGGCAACUUUGCAGGCUAUUACAGUAACCUUAGAAGCAAUUCUUUGCGACUGAGUUUGAUAGGUGAAAGGAAGAUUGACCGACGGAGGAGCAACACGCUGGAUAUAAUGGAUGGAAGGAUAAAUCACUCCAACAGCUUAGCAAGGACUAGAAGCCUUUCCUCCCUGAAAGAGGGAGGAAUGCACGAUGUGCAGCCUACUACUGAUCCUGUGAAUCUGAUGGCCACCAUAUUCUGGAUUGCAGCCUCUUUGCUAGAAUCAGAUUAUGAAUAUGAAUACCUCUUGGCUCUCAGGCUCCUCAAUAAACUUCUUGUUCAUUUGCCUCUGGAUAAACCUGAGAGUAGGGAGAAGAUUGAGCAGAUGCAGAGUAAAUUAAAAUGGAACAACUUUCCAGGCCUUCAGCAGUUAUUCCUGAAGGGGUUUACCUCUGUAUCCACACAAGAAAUGACAGUUCACUUACUUAGCAAACUCAUUACAGUUUCCAAGCAUACAUUGGUGGAUCCAUCCCAGUUAGCAGGAUUUCCUCUUAACAUAUUAUGUUUAUUGCCUCAUUUAAUUCAACAUUUUGAUAAUCCAAGUCAGUUCUGCAAAGAAACAGCUGACAGAAUAGCAAAGGUUUGCACAGAAGAGAAAUCCCCAACUCUUGCUAAUUUGGCUCAUAUGAUGUGUUUAUACAGUACACACAGUUACUCCAGAGAUUGCUCUAAUUGGAUUAAUGUAGUGUGCAGAUAUUUGCAUGACUCAUUCUCAGAAACAACUUUUAAUCUUAUAACAUACCUUGCAGAGCUGUUAGAAAAAGGGAUCUCCAGCAUGCAGCAGUCUUUACUGCAAAUCAUUUAUAGUCUUUUGAGCCACGUUGACCUGUCAGCAGCACCAGUGAAGCAGUUCAAUUUGGAGAUCAUAAAGGUCAUUGGUAAAUAUGUUCAGAGUCCAUACUGGAAGGAAGCACUUAAUAUUUUGAAACUGGUGGUAUCGCGUUCAGCCAGUCUUGUUGUACCAAAUGAUAUUCCAAAAUCUUACGGUGGUGAUAUAAGCUCUCCUGAAAUUUCAUUCACAAAAAUUUUUAACAAUGUUUCCAAAGAACUGCCUGGGAAGACCUUAGAUUUUCAUUUUGACAUAUCAGAGACGCCCAUUAUUGGGAACAAAUAUGGUGAUCAGCACAGUGCAACGGGUAGGAAUGGCAAAGCUAAAGUCAUUGCUGUUACAAGAAGUACAUCUUCUACUUCCUCUGGAUCAAAUUCUAAUGCUUUGGUUCCUGUGAGCUGGAAGAGGCCACAGUUGUCCCAGCGACGAACAAGGGAGAAACUAAUGAAUGUAUUAUCUCUUUGUGGUCCGGAAUCAGGAAUUCCCAAGAACCCUUCUGUUGUCUUUUCUUCUAAUGAAGACUUAGAAGUUGGGGACCAACAAACAAGUCUUAUUUCAGCAACAGAGGAAGUAAUUCAAGAAGAAGAAGUGGUUGUAGAAGAUAACACAAGUGAACAACAGUUUGGAGUUUUUAAGGAUUUUGACUUUUUAGAUGUUGAGUUGGAAGAUGCAGAGGGUGAAAGCAUGGACAACUUCAACUGGGGAGUCCGCAGGCGCUCGCUGGACAGUAUUGAGAAAGGAGACAUGCCGUCCCUCCAAGAAUACCAGUAUUCAAGUAGCACGCCCAGCUUGAACUUGACCAACCAAGAAGAUACUGAUGAGUCCUCAGAAGAAGAAGCCCUGAGUGCAAGUCAGAUAUUAUCACACUCGCAAAUGCUAAACAGUGAUUCAGCUGCCGAUGACGCCAUACCAGAUCACAUGGGCUUGUUGCUGCAGUCUCAAGAUUCCACUAGCAGUGUUGGAAUGGAAGAGGUGCUUCAAAUCAGAGAUGAGACUCCAAGUUUGGAGGUUGCCUCUCUAGAUAAUGCUAACAACCCGCUGCCUGAGGAUGGCAGUUCAUCUAUGAAAGAUGAACAAAGUACAGCUAGUGAAGAUACUGGAUCAAUUGUUUUGCAAGAACAGCAAGAGCCCUUAGUCUGCCAAGAACCGUUAGAACUGGAAGAAGCUCCUGAAACUCAAGAGCAUCCAACCACCGAGAGUUACACUGAAUCGAUAUUUGAAGAGGAUGUUACUCUUGCAUUGAAGGAGCUUGAUGAAAGAUGUGAAGAAGAAGAAGCUGACUUCUCUGGUUUAUCCAGCCAAGAUGAAGAACAGGAUGGUUUUCCCGAAGUACAGACCUCUCCACCACCAUCACCAUUUCUUUCUGCCAUAUUGGCAGCUUUUCAACCACAAGCAUAUGAUGAUGAAGAGGAGGCUUGGCGCUGCCACGUUAAUCAGUUGUUGACCGAUACAGAUGGAUCUUCUGCUGUCUAUACAUUUCAUGUGUUCUCUAGGUUGUUUCAGAUGAUUCAGAGGAGGUUUGGAGCCAUAACACAUGAAUCAGUCAGUUUCCUGGGUGAGAACCUGCAGCGGAUUGGAACAAAAUUUAAAAGUUCAUUGGAAGUUAUGACAACAUAUUCAGAAUGCCCAACUGUUUUUGUGGAUGCUGAAACGUUAAUGUCCUGUGGUUUACUAGAAACGUUGAAAUUCAGUGUUCUAGAGCUUCAAGAACAUUUGGAUACUUACAAUGCUAAAAGAGAGGCAGCUGAACAGUGGCUAAAAGACUGCAAAAGGACAUUUGGUACAGAUGAUGGUAUUCAUGGAGCUACUACAGAUGCUCAGCAUUUGGAAAUUCUAGCAGAAUUAGAGUUGUGUCGGAGGCUAUAUAAGCUGCAUUUCCAGCUGCUACUUCUAUUUCAAGCCUAUUGUAAACUUAUCAGCCAAGUGAAUGUAGUGAAAAAAGAGGCAGAGGUAAUAAACAUGUCAGAAGAGCUUGCUCAGCUGGAAGCCUUCCUCAAAGAAGCUGCAGAGUCUGCUUCUUACAGUGGUAUUGAAGAGAUUGAUAUCCCAGAAGCUUCCCAGACCAGCACAGAGACGGCCAUUCAUUCUCUCAUCGAAACCUUGCGGAAUAAGGACUUUGUCUCUGCUAUAGCACAGGUCAAAGCAUUCAGGUGUAUUUGGCCCAGUGAUAUAUUUGGCGAUUCGGAAGAAGAUCCAGUCCAAACGCUGUUGCACAUAUUUUUCCGUCAUCAGACCCUUGGCCAGACUGGCAGUUUUGCUAUAGUUGGCUCAAAACAAGAUAUGUCAGAAGCCAGCUCGAAAUUAAUGGAACUAAAUUUAGAGAUUCGGGAAUCCCUGCACAUGGUCCAGUCGUACCAGCUCCUUGCAAAACACACGGCUGUGAGAAAUCUGAGUACAGGAUUUUGAACCACUAUUCCUCAGAAAAAGACUGAAGUGGUCCCUUUUAUCAAGCACCUUUCAUACCGGAUGAAAAAUGUUCUAUUCCCCAGGGAAGAACUUUUCUAGAAACAAGUUACAUAAUUUAGUAACAGUUCUCAAAACGGCUGUCAUCAACUUUAAUGCUUUCUUACUUAGUAUCAGUAUGAACUCUUAAAAAAAUUGCAUUAGACAAAAGGGCUAAAAGCAAUGCCUAUAAUUUUUUUUUUUUGGUCAGAAGCAGAAAGUACAUGGGGUUGCAAUAAUAGCCACUUAAUUUGGAGUUAAUUAAAGCAGGUGAAAUGAGGCUAAAAUGAACAGUGGUUGUUUUGGCUGAAGACCUGUGAAAACAUCUGGUUUUUAGACAGUAAAUCAUCAUCAAAUAAUGUUUAAUUCAUACUUUUGACAGCGUCAUGAGGAAUGUGCUGUAUUAUACCAGAAUAUAAAAGACUGCAAAAUCCAUUGAUUUAUCAAUGUUGCAUUUACAAUUUACUCUAUUUUUGUCUGUAAUGAUGAAAAUUAUGUGUGAAAGUAGGAAUGAAUGGCUCUCUGACCAUCACAUUUUGAGGAUAUGGAUGUUUGAUAAAGCCUGAGCAUGCCUAAAAAAGCACUGCAAGAUUAUUUUUGGAAAAAUAUAUUUUUAGCUUUAAUUCCUAGUCUGUAAAUGUUAUGGCAUUUAAUAAUAUUUAAAACUGGAAUUGUCCAGUUUUCAAAAAAGAAAUAAUAUAUCUCUAACUGGUUUGGAAUGCUGCUCAGUUUUCUGAUCAGUGCUUAUUACAAAUAACUGGUAACUAACCAAAAAGUAGCUGCUUGCAGAGACUUUAAAAUGUAUAUGAAAGAUAUGUUGUCCCUCAGAACUCACUAGAAAAAAAUAACUUAUUUUAUUCUGUACAUAUUCUAGAAAUUGUAUAGUGUAAAAUCCAGUAUUUUUUGUAUAAAUGUGCAAUGACCUGUUAUUUGAGAAUAGUGUUCAAACCUGGGGGUGGGGAUGGGACAGUGUUUAUAUCUGUUUGUUCUGCAGAGUUCAAGAGAGAGUUAAGCUGGAAUGUUUUUCAUGAUUUCUUUUUUAAGCAAAGGCAUCUGGGGCUAUAGUAGGGAGAAAAGACGGCUCACCGACCCCAACGGUCAGCGUGUAACUCCUUGUCCAAGCGUGCAACAUAACAUUAACUGGAUUCCACUCAAACCAAAACAUUUUAAUGAAGCAAAAAGGGCGAAUGUGGUUCCUCUAUUCAGACAAAUCGGAUCCCCAGUAUUUUAUGUAUCUCUCAUGCACUGUGAUUCAAAAUAAAACAACAAAUUUCCAGGGAGUAAAACAAAUGUAAAACUCGUAGCAUGGGCUUUUUUCUUUGGGGAAAUUGAUCCUGUUAAGUAUGUAAUUAUGCUGAAAUGCAUUAACACUGUGUAUUUACAGACUGUUGGACUGCUGACAGAAAUUCUGUUACGUUUCAAAACUCUUUUAACAAGGUAUAGCACAUUCAUAAUCAUUGUUUUUUUUUUAUCCUGAUAAAAUUGAAUUAUUUUGAAGGCUCUGUGGUACUUUAAUAACCCAUUACAAGUAUACAUGUAGUUUUUAGUUGUAUAUUAUAAUUUUAACAUCUUUUAUCAGUCUCCUUCCUUGUGUGUGUGUCUUUGUUUUUGUUUUUUAGGGGGGCUUGGUAAAAUAAAAAUGUCAAUCUA